AUGGCCGCGCCCAACAUCGCCCCGUCACUCGCCCCAAACCCCCAGUUUUCCGGCCCCUCCAACAAUGCGGCUAUCCAGGAGCGCAUGAAGUCGUUCAUGAUGCGUGCGAAUGCCCUCCGCUCCGCUGGUGCCACCCCGCAGACCAAUGAGGAGCUGGCCAAGAUUAUGAGGUUUCUGGAGGGGGUCCAGCAGCAACAGCGACAACGACAAGGGCAAGCUGGCCUGAUGCACUCCAACCCCGUCAACGGCCAAUCCACCCCCGCUCCCGUCCCUAAUGGCGUUCCCGCAACAAACGGCAACGUUCUCUCCGCUGGUCCUGUCCCGUCCCAAGCCUAUCCUCCUCCAUCCCAGACUCCCGUGUCUUUCACUACCGACCAGAUUCAGACCCUCCGCAUGCAAAUACAAGCUUUCAAGCUUAUCUCGCGCGGGAUGCCCGUCCCAGACCACAUCCAGCAGGGUAUCCGGAUGCCUGCCCAAACCGUAUCCGACCUUCAAGGGAUGCUCCAUGGCGCCGACGUCAAUGCUCGCGUCGUCGACAGUGCCGUCAAGGUCCACAAGAGUGUCAACGGCGCCCCCGUCAACGGUGUCAUCGACUCGCAUGCCGCGAUUGAGCCAGUCGCUACGGAUUCUGUCAAGGACGAGGAGAUUGAGAUGCCUGUGGAUCCAGACAAGAUUCCUAAGGGUCCCUUCCUCGAGGACGAUAUCAAGUCAGGUAUUUACCCCUACAACGCCUACUUGAACCCCUUCUCCCACCUCAAGCGCGACCCCAACGUCAACCCCACGCUCUGGGCCACCCGCAUGCAACGCCUUCUCAUCCCUUCCAUCAUGCCUGUCGGUCUUGAUCCUCAUCAGAUGCUCGAGGAGCGCAACGCAUACAUCGACUCGCGGAUGGAACAGCGCAUGCGCGAACUGGAGGCCAUGCCCGCCAUGAUGGGCGACGGCAGUCUUGACAGCAUGCUCCUAGACGACGAGAAAGGGAAGGAGAACGCCGACAUCCACUCUCUCGACCAAUUCAUGCACCCCCCAGCCGACACCCACGGCAAGCUUCGCGCUCUGAUCGAGCUCAAGUCUCUCCGCGUCAUCGACAAGCAGCGCGCCCUUCGUGCGUCCGUCGCAGAGCGUCUCAUGCACGGCUCCCUUCUCCCUCUCAACCGUACCGACUUCCGAAGAACCCGCAAGGUACAACUUCGAGACAUCCGUCUCACCGAAGCCGCCGAGCGCAAACAAAGGGCCGAUCGCGAGCGUCGCGCGAAACGCAAGCACAUCGAGCAGCUGGAGGUCAUUUGCAAUCACGGCAAGGAAGUCAUCGCCGUCGGUCGUUCCGCUCAGGAGCGCAUCACCCGCCUCGGUCGCGCCGUGCUGUCGUUCCAUUCACACACCGAGAAGGAGGAGCAGCGUCGCAUCGAGAGGCUCGCCAAGGAGCGUCUCAAGGCUCUCAAGAACGACGAUGAAGAGGCCUACAUGCGACUCAUCGACACAGCAAAGGACACACGUAUCACCCACCUCCUCAAGCAGACCGACUCUUUCCUGGACGGUCUCGCGCAAGCAGUCGUCGAGCAACAGCGUGCGGAAGGUGGAGGUCACACCGUGGACGUCACUUUCGAAAGCGAGGAGGGUCCCGUCAGCGAGGAAACCUUCGGUGCGAAGUCGUUCGGUAUGGAGGAAGAGAAGGGCAAACUCGACUACUACUCCGUCGCUCACCGGAUCAAAGAGAAGGUCACACAGCAGCCCGGCAUCUUGAUAGGUGGUACGCUCAAAGAGUACCAGGUCAAAGGUUUGCAGUGGAUGGUUAGCUUGUACAACAACAAGCUCAACGGUAUUUUGGCCGACGAGAUGGGUCUUGGCAAGACGAUUCAGACAAUCUCCCUGAUCACCUUCCUCAUCGAGUCCAAAAAGCAGCGCGGCCCCUAUCUCGUCAUCGUUCCUCUGUCAACCAUGACGAACUGGUCCGGCGAGUUUGCGAAGUGGGCCCCGAGCGUGCGCCUUAUCUCGUACAAGGGCAACCCGACGCAGCGCAAGUUUAUGCAGACGGACCUGAGGACCGGCAACUUCCAGGUCGUCCUCACCACGUACGAGUAUAUCAUCAAGGACCGCAUUCACCUCAGCCGGAUGAAGUGGAUCUAUAUGAUUAUCGUCCAAGCUGGUGCAGACCCUCACUCAAUACUACCACUCCGCUACCGUCUUAUCCUCACUGGUACCCCAUUGCAAAACAACCUUCCUGAGCUCUGGGCUCUUCUCAACUUCGCGCUCCCCAAAGUCUUCAACUCGAUUGAGCUGAACGAAGAAGAGGCCCUACUCAUCAUCCGGCGUCUGCACAAGGUCCUCCGUCCGUUCCUUCUUCGUCGUCUCAAGCGCGACGUCGAGUCCGAGUUGCCGGACAAGGUCGAGAAGAUCAUCAAGGUCCGCAUGUCCGCGCUGCAGUCGCAGCUGUACAAGCAGAUGAAGAAGUACAAGAUGAUCGCCGACGGCAAGGACGCGAAGGGCAAGAACGCCGGUGUCAAGGGUCUCAGCAAUGAACUCAUGCAGUUGCGGAAGAUCUGUCAGCACCCGUUCCUGUUCGAGAGCGUCGAGGACAAGGUGAACCCGAGCUCGAUGAUCGACGACAAGAUUAUCCGGUCGUCGGGCAAGAUCGAGCUGCUUGCACGCGUUCUGCCCAAGUUUUUCAUGACGGACCACAGAGUCCUCAUCUUCUUCCAGAUGACCAAGGUCAUGGAUAUCAUGGAAGACUUCCUCAAGAUGAUGGGUUGGAAGUACCUCCGUCUCGACGGUGGAACGAAGACCGAAGAUCGUGCGGGCCACGUGAAGCUCUUCAACGCCCCCAACUCCGAGUACAAGGUGUUUAUCCUCUCCACUCGUGCCGGUGGCCUCGGUCUCAACUUGCAAACGGCCGAUACUGUCGUCAUCUUCGACAGUGACUGGAACCCCCAUGCUGAUCUGCAGGCGCAAGAUCGUGCCCAUCGUAUCGGUCAAACGAAGGUCGUCCGUAUCCUGCGGUUCAUCACAGAGAAGUCGGUCGAAGAGGCCAUGUUCCAGCGCGCCCGUUACAAGCUCGACAUCGACGACAAGGUCAUCCAGGCCGGCCGCUUCGACAAUAAGUCGACUCAGGAAGAGCAAGAAGAGUUCCUCCGUUCUAUCCUUGAGGCCGACCAGGAGGAGGAGAACGAGGAGGCGGGCGACAUGAACGACGACGAGAUCAACGAGAUCAUCGCGCGCUCGCCCGAGGAGGCCAUACUGUACCACGAGUACGACGUCCAGCGGUCCCGCGAGCAGCUCGAGGCGUGGAAGCGCGCGGGCUUCCGCGGCAAACCGCCCCCACCGCUCAUGCAGCUCGAGGAGCUCCCGGAGUGCUACCGGACGGACGAGCCGUUCACGCAGGAGAACGAGUUGGAUGAGGUCGAGGGCCGCGGGCACCGCCGGCGCACGGUCGUCAACUACUCGGACGGCCUCAGCGACGACCAGUGGGCGAUGGCGGUCGAGGACGGCGAGGACAUCCAGGAGCUCUCGGAGCGCGCGCGCGAGAAGAAGGACCGUCGGGCCGCGACCAAGGCCGUCCGCGAGACGGAGUCGAACUCGCCUGCGCCGGACUUCGAGACGCCACGCGGGCGGAAGAAGAAGGGCAAGGGCAAGGCGUCCGAGCUCGACGUCCUGACCCCAGCGAGCACGAAGCGCAAGCGUGGCGGUGGCAAGUCGACGACUCCGUUACUCGAGGAGGACGACGACGACCGCGACUCGAAACGGCGCAAGACCAAGCAGGACAUUCCGCCGCCGCUCAAAGAAAAGAUGAAGAAGGCUUUGACGGAAGUCCACAAGGCUGUCGUCAACUGCGCAGAUGAGACCGGUCGGAGACGGAGUGAUCUUUUCAGGGAGCCCCCUGACAGAAGGGAGUACCCCGACUACUACCACCUCAUCCAGCACCCAAUCGCGCUCUCGACGAUUCGCAAGCGCGUCUCGUCCGGCUACUACAAGUCCGUGCUCGACUUCCGCGAAGACAUGCGCCUCAUGUUCAACAACGCCCGCACGUACAACCAGGAGGGUUCCUGGGUCUACGUCGACGCGGACGAGAUGGAGAAGACGUUGGAUGCCGCCUUCGCCCGCCUCAUCGAGGACGAGCGGCCGGCGGCGCCGCGGAGCAGGAGCCGGAAGGCGAUCAUCAGCGACGACGAGUACAUGUCGAAUAGUGACGAGGAGUAG